AUGUCAAGAAAACAAAGCAGCCCCUGGCAAAUAAAUUACAUCAAGACCGCCGUCUCUCUGGCUACCGCAGCAUUGAAAGACCCACUCCCGCUACUACCGAAUCUGUGGCCGUACCUUGCUCUUCUCACUUCUUUCAUUACUUUUGUACUCGUUAACGGUGGCGUAGUCCUAGGCGACAAGGAAAAUCACGUUGCCAGCAUCCACAUUCCACAGAUGCUCUACUUAUGGCCGUACGUCGUGUUUUUCUCCUGGCCUGUAAUAUUGCCACACAUUAUCCACAUCCUCAUCAACGACUUCGCCUCCCUCAAAACCAGGCUUCCCAGACCCAUCGUGGCAAUCCUUACCAUGGCCAUCAUGGCACUAGCAGUACACUUCAACACCAUCGUCCACCCCUUCACCCUCGCGGAUAAUCGCCACUACGUCUUCUACGUUUUCAGACUCCUCCUUAGACACCCUUCAAUCAAGUACGCCGCAGUACCUAUAUACUUUUCCUGCGCCUGGGCAACAAUUACCGCGUUAGGCAGUUGCCCUCCUCCACAAAAACACGGCAACAAACCUACCAACAACAUCCCUGCAACUCAAGCUGCCUCACAAGAAAAUGCCAAUCUGAAUCGCACCUCCUUGCUCCUCGUCUUCCUCAUAUCCACCACCCUCUCCCUCGUCACCGCCCCACUAGUCGAGCCUCGCUAUUUCAUCCUCCCCUGGCUGAUAUGGCGCUUACACGUCCAACCCCCACCACCGAUUCAACUCUCUCCUCGGUCAAAAUCAACUAAGGGACUAGUGGGAAUUAUGAGUCGGAUAUUAGAGCAUCGAUCGACGUGGCUCUACCUCGAAACAGCCUGGUUUCUGCUCGUCAAUCUGGCAACGUGCUGGAUGUUUCUGUAUCGCGGAUUUGAGUGGGAGCAGGAGCGGGGGGCGGUGCAGAGGUUUAUGUGGUGA